CGUGCAAAUGUGGAUCACCGCUACGACGAAGCUGCUGGAGAAUGGCAGCUCUACAUUGCCUGGCGUGGGCUUGAUGACAGCGAGAACUCAUGGGAGCCUUUCGCCUCCAUCUACUCGGAUGUUCCAGCCCUCGUUCGCAGCUAUGCCCAAACCUACGGCCGCAGUAUUUUGGAAUCGUUGCUUCAGUAG